AUGGCUACCAACGGAGCGCAGCAGGCCUUUGGGCCCGGUCCUGUCCUGGCAGCCCACAACAUGAUGCAGUCGGGAGCGGAUCGUGCGCAGAAGGAGGAGGCGCACCACUAUCUAGAGAAGUUCCAGAAAUCGCAAGAGGCAUGGACCAUCACGUUCGAAAUUCUUCAGUCAAGCGGUGUUGACGUUGCUGCUAAACUUUUCGCCGCUACUACCCUGAAGGGGAAGAUCGUCUAUGACCUCCACCAGGUGCCCCGCUCUCAACUCAUCAGUCUGCGAGACUCAAUCACGGGAUGUCUCAUAACGUUCCACGCUGGACCCAAACCUAUCAGGUUGCAACUAUGUGUUUGCCUGGCCAACCUGGCCAUCCAGAUGAUAGAAUGGAAAAAUGUCCUUGAAUAUGUCGUUAGCACCCUCGGAUCAGAUCCGGCAAAUGUGCCUUGCGUCUUAGACUUUCUUCGCGUCCUCCCGGAAGAAGUCACUCACGGACGAAAAAUCAACCUCACAGAAUCGGAGUUGUCCAUUAGGACGCAGGAAUUGCUUCAGGACAAUGCUCGACAAGCUAUUACCCUCCUCAUCCAAUAUGCGCAGUCAUCCCCGGCGGCCGCACGUAACCCUCAAUUGCUAAACUGUAUCAACUCCUGGAUGCGUGAGACUGCAUUAAAUGACAUAGUCGCUUCUCCCCUUCUGAAAGUUAUCCUCGGGGGUCUUUCCGCAGAAGAGCCGUUUGAGGCUGCUGUAGAAUGUCUGUGCUCUCUCAUCUCGGAGACCAAGGAUGUGGACGAGUGCAAGGCUGUCAUCCGCACUCUCUAUCCUGAGGUUAUUGCCCUCCAGUCUAAGCUUUCGGAGGCUGCGCUGGCGGAGGAUACUGAAAAGUACAAGGGCAUCUCAAGGAUUUUCGCUGAAGCUGGAGAAUCUUGGGUGCUUCUAAUUGCACGCAUGCCAUCGGACUUCAGGCCCUUAGUGCAAGCCAUCCUCGAAUCAGCGGCGCUGGACAGGGAGCGAGAUGCUAUAUCCCAUACCUUCAAGUUCUGGUAUGACCUCAAACAGUAUCUCACUCUUGAAAAGUACAUGCAAGCGAGGCUGCAGUUCGUCGAUAUAUAUGCACGGCUCGUCGACAUCAUGAUAGGCCACUUGGAAUAUCCAACGCCCGAGAGCGGAGACGAGAAAGACCUGUUUGAGGGCGACCGUGAACAAGAAGAAAAAUUCCGGGAGUUCAGGCAUCAGAUGGGCGACGUCCUUAAAGACUGCUGCGAAGUUAUGGGAGUGACCGAGUGUCUCCAAAAGCCUUACAAUCUCAUCCAAGCCUGGGUUCAGACAUAUGGACCGCAGGCAGCACCAAACCACGUUCCAAAGUGGCAGAAGUUGGAGGCGCCGCUCUUCAGUCUGCGAGCAAUGGGCCGAAUGGUGCCUCCAGACGAGAACAUAAUGCUUCCUCGUCUCAUCCCGCUGAUUGUCCAAAUACCAGAUCACAACAAGCUCCGAUUCCAAGCUGUCAUGGCAUUGGGAAGAUACACCGAGUGGACAGCGGAACAUUCAGACAUGCUGCAACCCCAACUCGAUUUCAUCAUGGCUGCAUUCGACCACCCAGACAAGGAGGUCGUUCGCGCCGCCGCUUUGUCAUUCAAAUUCUUCUGCAAUGACUGUGCAAGCCUGCUCGUCAGCUACACGGACCCGCUUCAACAAUUCUACAUCAAAUAUAUUGAAGGGCUUCCGCCAAACAGCCAGGAGGAGAUAACAGAUGGCGUGGCUUCUGUCGUGGCCAAAGUUCCCAACGAUCAGGUCUACGCCAAACUGAAGAUGUACUGCGAUCCGGUAAUGUCAAGCAUUGUUGAGAUCGCAAAUCAAGCGAAUGAUGAUGUUCAGAAGAAGCUUCUGGCUGAUAGGAUCAAUCUGGUCACUAUUUUCAUCGAAUUGGUGAAGCCAUACGUCGACCCUGACGAGGAACAUCCAGCAGUCAAGUAUUGUCAAGAGAUAUUCCCAGCCCUCGGUGCCCUUGUAACGCAUUUCCGGGACAGCGUGCCGGUGCUGGAGCGCGUUUGUCGGUGCUGGCGAUUCAUGAUAUUGUCGUACCGGACGGCAAUGGCUCCGCUUCUACCAGAACUCGCCCAGCAGCUUACUGCAGGGUUUGCGACUUCGAAACAGGGAUGUUUCUUGUGGGCUACCUCUUCUAUUGUCCGAGAGUUCUCGAGAGAAGUCGAAAAUAUCUCUGAGGCCACGACCGGCUCGGUCUUCAACUUCUACGAGGAACAAGCCAAGACUUUCUUGAGGAUAAUGACUGACCGACAGCCGGAGGAGGAACCCGAUUUGAUUGAGGAUUUUUUUCGACUUGCUUCUGAGAUGAUUCUCUACUAUCCUUCCGAAUCAAUUACCUCCCAAUUGAUGGACUCUGUUCUCAUCGCGGCGUGCCGGCUCCUUGCCAUCCUCAAAGAAGAACCAAUUCUUGCCAUACUUCACUUUCUACGCGACUUGCUCGGCUACGGACGUGAUAUGGCCCCAUCAUCAAGCUUCGACUCAAGCCGUCAUCAUGUUCCCGUCGUCCUCCGGAAUCGCAUCAAGGAGCUCAUCACAGGCGCUGGCCUCGAACUCGUCCAGCGGAUCAUGACGGGCAUGAUGUAUAGUUUCCCAGGAAGCUGCUUUCCCGACGGAUCAGGAGUCCUUCUGGAAUUGUUCGAGCUGAUGCCAGGGCAAGUUGCUGGCUGGGUGCAACAAACGGUUAGCAUGCUUCCCCCGGGUUCAAUAACACCACAGGAAUCUGAGCGAUUUCUGAACAAUAUUCGACAGCGCAUUGAGACAGGCGAAAUUAGAAUGAUUCGCACUAUCCUCCAAGACUUUACCAACUCUUAUCGCCGACGAAACGUUGCUCCUCGCGAGGGCUUGGGAAGGCUUGAGGCAUCGAGAUUCAGAUUCUCUGGUUAA